AUGCCUAUCGCAAUAAAUAACUCUCAAUCUGCUCAUCCCCAUCUUCCCAUUCCUCUCGGUGGACUAUCGGUAUGGCAGCACAGCACAAGAGAUCACCCUUUGCUGAAUGCUGGAAAAGAUGAACCCCUACCUGUAGAAGCGGACGUGGUAAUUAUUGGUUCCGGACUGAGUGGAACCGUUACUGCCCACUCUCUUCUCACGUCACCAUCCCGCCCAAGCUCAGUUGUAGUAUUAGAAGCCAGAGAAAUCUGUUCAGGAGCAUCUGGAAGGAAUGCUGGUCAUUGUCGUCCGGAUGAAUCAAGAGGAUUUACCGCUUUCGCCGCACUCCAUGGUGCAGAAGAAGCUAAGAAGAUCUUGAGGAGUGAAAGAGAUACCUUUGAAAAGGUUGACGAGUUUAUCAAAAAGACUGGGAUUAAUUGUGAAUGGACACCAAGAGACACUUACGAUGUCAGUUUGUCGGAAAGCUUUAAAGACUACGCGGUGGAUGCAUUGAGGAACCUGCGAGAAUGCGGUGGAAAGCCUGAAGUGGAAGAAUUGGGCAAAGAACAGGCAAGAAAAGAAACUAGAGUCCAGGCCGCUCAUGGCGCUGUGAAAUGGUGGGCUGGAACAGUCAAUCCAGCCCAGCUCACUCUUGGUAUUCAUGAACUCAACCUCGCUUUGGGUGGUUAUUCGCUUUUUGCCUACGCUCCUGUACAUCGAGUAACUCAAUCUGAAGAUGGAGUAUCGUGGGAUGUGCAAACUCCCAGAGGAAAGGUUAGAGCUAAGAAGGUGGUUUAUGCGACUAAUGCAUAUAGUGAUGCUUUGUUAGAGGAGAUGGAUGGUUUGAUCGUACCCCACAGGGCUCAAGCAAUUAAACUGUCUUCCGCACCCGCUGGUCCAGAGAAAUUUCCAAGAAUAGAGGGAAGCUACUCUCUCCGUUAUCUCCCCCAACACUUCUAUUCUAUAUGCUGUCGUCCAGAUAAUUCGAUCUCACUAGGGACUUCUCGAAAAUGGCAUGGGAUGUCUCCCGAAACAGCCAAAUCAAUUGUAAACACUGUUGACGAUUCAUCCUACUCGUCGGAGAUCACUCGAAAUGCUGUAGAAGAAUUUGCAAAGCUCUUCCCGGAGGGAGGUUGGAGUGCUGAAGGAUUGAAAGAGGGGAAGGCCAAGGGUUAUGAGUAUAGUUGGACUGGUAUCAUUGCUAUGACUCCCGACUCCGUGCCUUUCAUAGGAAGUAUACCUGGUAAACCUGGCCAAUUCAUCAGUGCAGGAUUCAACGGACAUGGCAUGGCUCGUAUAUUCAUCUGUGCACCUGCAUUAUCUAAAUACAUGCUCACUGGUGAAUGGGACGAGAUUAUGCCCGCCUCUUUCCGAGUCACAGAAGAACGAUUGUUAAAGCUGAGACAAGGUGUAGAUAAGGGUAGACUUGAUAAAAGUGGAGGAUUGCCGUCAAAAUUGGAUGUUUAA